CCGUCGUUACCCAGCAUGCACUACGCUGUCGCGCAGUAUCGCGCACAAAGAACAGAGAACACUGGCAGUUAUGUUUCCCUGAGCAUGAACGCUCGUACGUACGGGCUGUCGGGUAGGAGCAUUAACGUUACCAUUAAAGAUUGUUAUAAGUUAAACCCACUUCACGAGGACACUCAACCGAUAAUGGCGGAGAUAGCGACGAAGAAGUCCAUGAAUGUCGUAAGUAGCAAGAAGAACGAAGUGUGCAGUGUUCAGUCUAACAACGGUUUGAUAGACUUAGAUAACAUAACUACCAGUAACAGCCAACUAAACUCCCUGUGUGACGACGAAGACGAGGACGACCUCAUCCUUGCCAACAACACCAAGAACGAGCUCAACGCCGAGGACAAGAGUCUGCAGGAGCUGAUCGAGCGCGAACUGGCGCUCAGGAUUUGUUCGAGCAACGAGGAGGAUACGGCGGAUACUAUGAAGAACGAGGAGAGCAGUAGGAGCGAACCGGAAGUGAAGAGAAUUGUCUUGGAGCCACGACCGGAUCCGCUCGAUAUAAAUUCGGAAUUUAUAAUUGCUGAAAUGGAUCAUUACAGUCUUAUCGAGGAUCCGUAUGCUCAUCAGAAUGGUCACGUUACGCCGGAUUUGGAUUCCAAGGCGCCGGUAAUAUUAAAAGAGACGAUUGAGUCGGAACCAGUUGGCCAUCUUCACGUAGAGGAAACGUUUGACAAUCAGUUGGGAAUCACGGAGACAACUGCCAUUCAGCAAACGACGUCACAUGGGGAUCAAGCUGAUCGGCAGAUCAAAGAGGAUCUGCUCGAUCUCGAAAAAUACCUGGGCUUGAAAGAACCUGCUGAUCAGGAAAUCGUUGGAUUGGAUGAUGAUGAUCUUGCUAGAGAAUCCUAUGAUCAGCUCUGCACUAUGGAUAAUGUCAUCGACGAUCACUUCCAGGUUGAGGAGCACGAUCGUAGUACAGAUCAGAAGUAUCUGAAUAUUCUUAUGGAGGAGGAUGUAGAUCCAGGUGCUGAUCUUCGGAAUAAGAUGGAGCACGUCAACCUUGAGGAUUCUGAUAAGGCUGGUGAGAACAAUGUGGAUCUUCUAGGAUCCUGGAACAAUCAGGAAUCAAGAGACAAUCAGGUGGGUCAAUUUUCUGACAAUUUUGAGGAGACCUUGGAGCAGGUAGCUGAGGAUGACAAGCCCAGUGCCAUAGUUCAUGAGGAACUGGUCCAGCUGGGCGCGGAUGUUCCAGCUCUUGGAGAUGAUGUUGCACCGUCCAUAUUCGAGUAUUCAGGGAAUUUAGAACAGCUGUCCGUCGAGGAAGAUCAGUCUCGUACGUUUUCACUUCCGGAAGACGAAACGUCUACCAUUUCAGAAGCAAAAGAAUCAUCGUUCAUCCACAAGGAUACGUCAGAGCCAAUAUCAGAAGACAGUCAAGAGAAUCAAGAGAUCCUCCCAGCCGAGAGUUCUGGACCACUUCUCUUGGAACAGUCACAAGGCGAAGAAUUAAAAUUCGAAAAAAAUUCAAAACACCAACAACAGAACGAGAUCAAUUUACAUCAGGAUCCUGAAAUUCAGUGCGAUCUUCGAAAAUUCGAAUCGGAGUCAAAGAUAGAAAUUCAAGAAAUCAAAGAAGUUCGCCAUGAACGUCAUCAAGAGUCGAUGGAACGUCAAGAAGUUUUUUUGACUGAAAAAAACUUAAUCGAUACAAAAAUCACAGAAUCCUUAAUCCAAUCCAAAACGGAAUCGACGACGAGCGUAGAGAAUUCCUUGAUCGAGAUCAUCGGCACCACCGAGAAGACCAAUUCAAACGUGCGCGUCUUCUCCGAGAGUAAAUACGCGGAUGCGUGCGCUUUUGAAUCGUCCAAAGACUCCAAUGAUUUCGAGUCCUGGACGACCGUCGAAGACGCUACUACGAGCAUCGACAAAGCAACGCCGGAAACUCUUCCCGACGACGUCGAUAACAAAGAAUGGCAAAUCGUUCAAGAGGACUCGAAACAUCUGACAACGGAAAGCCAUGGCGACGAUCGACUCCUUCCCGAGGAUAACCUAGAAAGCGUACAGGAUCGAUUAAGCACCCUUGGCAUUUCUGAAACCCUCGCACCCCUCGCCACCCCGGACGACGAGACGAGCGACAUAUCUAACAUGUGUGAUAGUGAAAAUCGCGAGGAGGUCAUCACAACCAGCACAGUGGUAACGUCUUCCUCGAGCACGACCAAGAGCUCGACAAAGACGAAGAAGAAGAAGAUCGAGGGUGUUGCCAGUAGCGAUGCCUCACCCACCCUCACGCCGCGUACGAAGAAGACCAAGAAGAGCAAGAAAAGCGAUCCAGAGAAGGAGAACAUCUCCGUGAACGGUAACUUAAAGGACCCAAAUAUGCACGGCAACAACCGGGCGGUAUCCUACGAGAGGAUCGAAUUCUCUGGGGACGAUGAUCUAUCGAAUGUCAACGUUAAGUCGCUGUCAUUAAAACGCACGUGUCCUGUCACAUGUGGGGCUGAUGUCAACGCGCGUUGUGUUUUGUGCAUGCAGACACAAAGUUACGUGUCGGAGGCAAAUCGGAUCGAGCUGGAGAAGUCGAACAAGGAAGUGAUCGCAACCGGCGUGUCCAUCAAACAGUUGUGCCGCAGCUUUGGCGACCUGUCGAAUAUGAGCGACGGCGAAAGAGGAACGCAUGGACACUCGGAUCACGAAAUGGACGCUCAGGAGCGAGCUUUGGGAAACGUUCUGGAGAAUCGCAGAUUCCAUUCGAGGCGCAGCGAACCUUCCGGACGAUUCCAGACGGUCUUUUCCGAUGCCAAGUCGAACCUCGUGUCCAGCGUCUCGUACUCAUCGAAAGCAAAAUCUAUGGGUGACUUGAGACUAUUUGAGCAGGAGUAUACGGAGCUCGCCAAAGACGCCAAUAUCUUCGCCGGGGUGUCUGUCAAGGCUCUUAGGGCCUCCUACUGUAGUUUGGCAAAUUUAACAAACGUGGGUAAGGAGAAGGAGGGCACUUUCGAGAGGUCGAAACUCGAGAAAUCGAGUUUCAACAAAUUCGAUGCUCUCAGCAAGAAGACAGUACUUCACGUGCGAUCCGUCGACGCGGGAAAGGUUCAGCAGCAACUGAAUGCAGUCGGUCAAAAUGGUGACGUCAAUCCGAAUUGUCGCAGUUGUGGAAAAGUCGUGUUCCAAAUGGAACAGACAAAGGCCGAAGGUUCCGUGUGGCACAAGAAUUGCUUCAGGUGCGUUCAGUGCAGUAAACAGCUGAACGUCGAUAAUUAUCAAAGCCACGAAAGCACCCUCUACUGCAAGGCGCACUUCAAGGAGCUCUUCCAGCCGAAACCAGUCGAGGAAUCGGACCAGCCAAUGCGACCCCGAAAGCCAGAGAUGAUCAUUCGGGAGAACCAGCCGAAAGAGCUACCGCCUGACGUGGUCAGAGCAUCCGACAAGCCGGACUUGGGACUGGAGGAAUUAUCCACGCUGAACGUCAAGUCACGCUUCCAGGUGUUCGAGAAGGGAAGUACAGAGGCGACGAACGACAUCGAGAGGUCACCGUCGCAGGUGGCAGUCAAAAGGUCACCAAGUAUUCUGAGCAAACUCGCAAAGUUCCAGUCUAAGGGUAUGGAUAUUGGAGUGGCAGACGAAUCACUCAAUGGUAUCCCCUUCGAGGAGUCUAGUGAAAGCGAAGAAGAGAUCGAAGAAAGCGAAGAAGUAGAUACGGAAAUCGUAAAAGCCAAACGAGCAACUCGUGAGCGUCCUAUGAGCUUUUCGAAAAUGGACGAUAUAAAGAAUCGCUGGGAAUCCACCAGUCAGCAAGGAAGACGCGAGUCGCAGCGCGAAGCACGCAAAGAAGAAAUUGCUGGAAUACGUUCUAGACUCUUUAUGGGCAAGCAGGGUAAAAUGAAGGAAAUGUAUCAACAAGCUGUUGCUGAGAGCGAGCGUGUUACCAAGAUCAAUCCAGCAGAAGAAAUUCAGCAUGCAGCUCAUACGCGUUCGAUCAAAGAGAGAUUUGAAAGGGGUGAACCAAUCGCAGCUUCGGAUGAUGAAACUGAUUCAAAGCCAAAACAAGAAAAACCAGACGAAGAAGUAAUCGCUGCUGGUAUCAGCAAGAAGUCUCGCACUCUCUUCCUAGAGCUGGACGCUUCAGCAGCGAAAACGGGACGGACUGUCACGCCUGUCACUCCCAAGACGCCUGCCACUGACACCACAUCACGUCGCGCCAGAGAUGCGUUCAUGGGCCGUCAAGUAUCGGAAGACGUGGUACGUAGCACAGACGCUGCUGAGGAGUUUCGCGUGGAGACUACCGAUAUCUCCAAUAAGUUUAAAUUCUUCGAGGCCUACAAGGAACCAGAAAAGCAACGAAAGCAGUUCAGAAUUACUCCGCCGCGUGACGGCCAAGUUAAGAUGGACUCUCCCGAACGUGAGAUUUAUCGUGAUCCGGACGUCGUGAGGGCGGAGGACAGAGUCGACGAAGUCGUACACACGGACACCGCGACGAAGAUGCUGUCCAUCUUCCGGCAAAUGGAGGAAAACGCGACCAAGGAUGAACUUCCGGAGGGACCUAAACCUUUGAAAUGUUUCACGCCGCCUCCGGAAGACAAAUUUGCGAAACCAACGGCUUCCGAGUCUGACGAGGAAGACGACGAAGAGGCUGAGGAAUCCGAAGGUGACGACAGUGCCGAGGAGAGGGAUCCUAAUUACGUUAGAGCAUCCGAUAAGGUAGAGGACGAAUUCCUUAAGCAGGCGCAAAAUGCAGCGCGCGCCAAGACUUUACGUGCGAAAUUCGAACAUUGGGAGGAAGCCGAUGGUAAAGUAAGCAGUCAUCACGUUGCUGAGAUGGAAAUUGCUCAAGGUGCUGGAGAACAAUCUAGCAUAGAGUCUGCGAGCAGCCUUAGGGCUCGCUUCGAGUCUCUUGGUUCUCAGACGAGCGAAUCUCAGCGCACGCCCAAGGUCAAGGUCAACCGAUUUGUGCGGAAACAGUAAAGACGUCAAGACUGAAGAAGAGUCGACAGCGGCGAUCGACUCGGCGAGAGAGUUGGAGAGGAUCCCUACGAAGAGGAGGAAGAAAGAAACAGAUGAUGAUGAUGAGAUAGAGGAAGAAAACGUCGAAGAAAACCCAAUAGAAAUAACAAGAACGAGUCGGGACGAUGUCAAGAAAGAGAGUCUUGAGUUUUGUGGACUCAAUGUUGACGACACGGAUAUCAAUUAUUGUACUGUCGAUGAUCUUUACGUUUCUUUUCUGUUUCUUUCACUUUAAAUAUCAUUUCAACUCUAAAGAUAUUGCUUUAGUCCAGUACGAGUAAGUUUAGCGUGUAAAGUAUGUGUCCAUUUGGUAUUUAGUGGACUUCUAUGUCACGCGUAUUGUUCUGUUGCGAGAGCCUGCGUCCAUCGUAGCGUCAUUAGCCAUGAGUAGUCUUUGUAAUUUUAAAAAAUAAUUUAUUCAUUCGAAUCAAAGUGAUUUAUUGACUGUGUUAAAAUUUCGAUCAUUCGACGUCAGUGUAUCAUUAUUAAGAUUCUCUUGAUCUUUUUUUAUACAGUGAAAAAAUAUUAAAAGGCUCUCGUUCACGUUUUAUUAUAAUCUCGUCUCUUUUAUUCACUGUGUAAAAUCCACAACUAAUACGUUGCGUUGAUUUUGAGUUGCAACUUUUUUUAAUAAUAGUCCCGGUCUCAGUUUUUUUUUUUGGUCGAGUACCAAGCAAUACAGCAAUGGAGAACUUGAGCGAUUCGUGCUUCGCGUAACGUAGGAUAUAAUAUUAAAUGGACUGAUUUGAGAGAAUUACUUUUCAUCAACGAUAGCUCGCUGAUGCGAUCAACUACAAGAAAAGUUUACUACGAACUUCAUGAAUGCUUUUACGAAAUUUCGAAUUUUUUACUGCUUCAAGAGAUACGCCAUUCUAGCUUUUUAUACGGGACGCGCGGGCAAUCUCGCAAAAGUAAUAUUGUAGAGUCAGGUUUAAAAUUGAUACUAGUAACAUUAAGGAAUAUAUCAAUAAACUAAUUUUAAUAUUGUCCAAAUCGGUUAUGGCGAGCGAAGCUUCCUUUCAUUUAGACUCAAUGUUUGUGAAAAUUCACAGAGACGAAUCCGCUGUGAGACUCGGGCUAAUUUCAGUGCCAAUAUUACCGUUCGAACGAUGCAUUUUUUGUUUCAUUAUCAAUAUUCAUUGUCAAUCGUGGUCACGAUAUCCUUACGUCUUCCAUGCAAAUAAUAUUAAUUAUUCGUUUUUUUUUAAACAAGUGUAUUAAAAGUGUCUAAUAAUAAGGAUAGCUUUACUCGCCGUAUCCGGUACACGUGCUAGCCUAUGCUUCGAUCAGUGAAUAAAAGAACGUGCUGGAUAUCGCGUGGUAGUCUUAGAGUGAUGCAAAAAAGAAGAUUAAUCGAAAGGUGGGAAUGACCUUCCUCGAAAUCUCAAGAUAUAUAUUUUUUCUUUUUUUUUCCUCCAAAAAAGACUACGGUACUCGUUGAUUUGUAAGGUCGACAAGGCAUUGACGUGCAAUGACAAUUCGAAUUGUCGUCUAUGAAAUUUUUCAUUAACCCUUACAACGUGCCGAUUCGUUGAACGAGACAUAGGCGAGCCUCGUAAUUCUCGUCUCUAUGAGAAAAAUGUUUCCUCGUGACGAUCAUCACGAAUCUUCGAGGUUUUCGGCGGUCUUAAGCCAUAAGAAAUAAUCGUCACAGUCUCAUCGUCAUAAGGAAAUGCGAUCGUCAUAUAUUAAAAUACAUUUAUACCUAUUAUACAUAAACAGGUAGUCUUCUUCGUGCACGUGUAUACACGCACAAUCACUCAUAUGGGAUCACGCGUGCGAUUAUCGUAUAAUAUUCAAUUAUUUUUCACGUAAUCGAUAAAAUUCGGCACUGCGCAUCGAUUUGGCGCAAAAGUGACGUUUCAAGUUACGAGAAAAAUUUCGUCCGAGUGAUCUCAGGAGUCCAGAAGGUCCAAAGAGAGUCGGAAGGGUCCGAAGUAGGAAAGUAAUUAAACCUGAUUAAUGAUUAUCAUUGAUCAUUGAACCUUCAAUGAUACCGAGGAGUCCAUCAUUUUGACGUUCCAUAGCUAAUCGUGCCAUAUUCUGUGCCCUUCGGACUUUCGACCGAUAUACUUUGGAAAAUAUUUAUUAAACGAUUUCGAUGACAAUGAUGAUCAUGAUCGGCUACUCUGUCAUCCCCAUUUUCUCCUCUAUUUGGUACCGUACAAUAUGCGUAUAGCAAUAUCCUCGUGGGAUAACCUACAAAUCCCGUGGCCUACUUGAAAACUGGUUUACGAAUAAUUACAGCUGGAUUGAAUCGAUUUAAUUAAGUGUCAUUGGAAAAGAUGUAUUGUCGACUGAUGAUGAUUAUGAGGUAAUCUAUUAUAUUUUAAGGGACGAUCUUUCGCGUCCGUUAUUUAUAUCGUAAUAAGGACGUUGAUUAUAACUAUGUUGUUUGCGUUUUUUGUCAUAUUUUAUAUCGUAUAGUUUCUCUUUUGUCACUGCGUACUAUUUCCUUGUUUAACAUUCACGUGUAACAUUUAUUAAGAUACGAUGGCUAUCAGUUAAUAAAAUGUGAAUAUGUUUUAACGAAAACGGAUCGAGAUCCUGGGUCAAACUGUCAAAUGCAAAAAGAUGUAUUCACAAAUCUUAUGUCAGGAUAAAUUCAACGAAUUCCUAGAGA